CUCCUCUCUCUCUCUCUCUCUCUCUCUCUCUCUCUCUCUACCUGCCAAUAGAGGGAGAAGACUCUUCUUCCUGUCCGUAUAGCGCAACCUGAAUCCCUGAUACACAUGGCCUCCGUGAACCCCAGCCUGAUGGGUCCAGUCUUCAGGGUCGACUCCAUGGAACACCAGUGCCUGAUGAUGGAGAAGAGACAGCUCUUCCUCAGGAGCUACCAAUUCAGCAGAAAACGGAGCCUCUCGGAGAGGAUCAAGAGGUCCUUCACCAGGGUCAAGAGGGUCCUCUGUUUCAGGCUGAGGUCCGCCCGCCGGCUCCGGAAGCUGGUCUGCUCAAGGCUCUCCAGGCUCAGGCACAGGCUCUGCUACUCCAGGAGACGAUCAAGGUUCCUUCCCCUCCUCUGCAACAACAACUGCAACAACAAUCACACAAGUGAUUCAUCAUCUUGCUUCUCUUUCUUCUCUUGACUCUUAUAUUCGAUUUAUUUGUUCAGAGGAUAUAGUAGUUAAUUAACUCCUGCCCUGAAAGAUUAAUCCCUAGUAGCAGCCUUCCAUGCUGAAGUGAAAUAGACCCAGAAUUCUACAUGUAUCGAGGAUUUAGAUGAAGCUAAAAUAUGAACCUUUUUUCCUUUU